CUGGAUCGCCGUUCUCGGAUUCCUCGUACAAAUCAUGUCUGUCCAGCAAACACCCACCCACGGCUUGACCGGAAAGAUUUCAAACCUCGAGAUGUCUGCCCUCAAGGGCUCCUCGUUGACCGACAAGUUAGCCGCCGAGGCUGCUGCCAAGGAUUCUGCCUUGGGCGCCGACUCGCUUGUAGGCAAGCCCAAGGACAUUGUGCGUCCCGCCAACAUCAAAGAAGGCGAUGCUUUGGAGACCGCCAAGGUCGUCCAGGAGAUCAAGGACGCUGCGCUUGCCCACCAGGAGUUUUUGACUGCACACAAAACCGAGCGCCGCAAGUUGAAGGAGCAGGAGAAGGACGAGCCCUUGUUGGUGGAAAACAAGCGCCGCUUUGUAUUGUUCCCCAUUAAGUACCACGAGGUCUGGCAGAUGUACAAGAAGGCCGAGGCAUCGUUCUGGACCGCCGAGGAGAUUGACUUGUCCAAGGACAUCAACGACUGGAACAACAGAAUGACCGACAACGAGAGGUUCUUCAUCUCGCGAGUGUUGGCGUUCUUUGCCGCGUCCGACGGAAUCGUCAACGAGAAUUUGGUGGAGAACUUCUCUGCCGAGGUGCAGAUCCCCGAGGCCAAGUGCUUCUACGGGUUCCAGAUCAUGAUGGAGAACAUCCACUCGGAGACCUACUCGUUGUUGAUUGACACGUACAUCAAGGACCCCAAGGAGGCCGACUUCUUGUUCAAUGCAAUCGACAACAUCCCAUGCAUCAAGAAGAAGGCCGACUGGGCCUUGAGAUGGAUCAGCGACAAGGAGGCCUUGUUUGGCGAGAGAUUGGUGGCCUUCGCUGCCGUCGAAGGUGUGUUUUUCUCUGGCUCGUUUGCCUCGAUCUUCUGGUUGAAGAAGAGGGGCUUGAUGCCUGGCCUCACCUUCUCGAACGAGUUGAUUUGCCGUGACGAGGGCUUGCACACUGACUUUGCUUGCUUGUUGUUCUCGCACUUGAAGAACAGACCCGCUCCGGAGAUCGUCGAGAGAAUCGUCACUGAGGCUGUUUCCAUCGAGAAGGAGUACUUCACGGACUCCUUGCCCUCCAGCUUGUUGGGUAUGAACAGCAACUUGAUGUGCCAGUAUGUGGAGUUUGUCGCCGACAGAUUGCUCGUGGCUUUGGGCAACAAGAAGGUGUACAAUGUCACCAACCCAUUCGACUUCAUGGAGAACAUCUCUUUGGCUGGUAAAACCAACUUCUUCGAGAAGAGAGUCUCCGACUACCAGAAGGCCGGUGUCAUGGCCAAGACCAACGACGCCACGUCGUCGAGCCACUCGUUCUCCUUUGACGAGGACUUCUGAUUCUACGUCACGCAGCAUUUAGGUGCUUUGGUUCCGUUCAACUUCCUG